AUGACUAAUUGGAUUUUGGGCGACAAGUUCUAUGCGGUUUAUCCGCACAAGAACUCAAUCAAGGGCCUGUGGGAAUCCAAAUGGAAAGCGGCUUGCAUGAAAUCUGUCUAUCCAUUCCAUGACGGCGCUUAUGAAGACUUCGAGCCCAUAUUCGAGAGGCUCAUUGCUGAAAAUAUCAAUGACGCCUACGCAGACGAGUUCACCAACUCCUUCUUGCCGACAGCUGAAGCUCUCGAGGCCAAAGCCCGUGAAGCAGCAGAAGAUGGCAGACAAGAGCAAGCCGCCGAAUACUACCGACGUGCAGCUGUUGUCUAUCGCAUUUCGCGCUUCCCAUACGUCAGCCCUGAUCCUAAAGGCAGCGUGGCAACAAGCCUUCUGAAGCGCGCAGCUUUCAAUCGCCAGAAGCAGGUUUACCUCAAAGCCGCAUCAACGUGGAGCCCACCAAUUAAAGAAGUGGUCAUUCCUCACAAAUACCGUGCAGGCAAGGAUGGUGCCUCCAUUCCUCUGUUAGUUCGUAUUCCACAGCAUGCAGACCGUACUAAUCCCGUUCCCGUUGUUCUGCUCAUGACCGGCCUGGAUGGAUAUCGGUGCGACAACUCCCAACGCACCCAUGAACUUGUCGGUCGCGGAUGGGCAACUGUCAUCUGCGAGAUCCCAGGUACGGCUGACUGUCCUGCCGACCCUGCCGAUCCGGAAUCUCCAGAUCGGCUGUGGAACUCGGUGUUGGAAUACAUCGCCUCUCGACCUGAAUUCAAUUUGCAGAAAGUCACAGCGUGGGGUUUGAGCGCUGGAGGUUUCUAUGCCAUCCGUGCAGCUGCAACUCAUCGUGACCAGCUUUUGGGCUGCGUCGCACAUGGGCCCGGCACGCAUCACUUCUUGGAUGAGAAAUGGCUGGAGCGAAUUGAUGAUCAUGAAUACCCUUUCAUACUAUCUACUUCUAUGGCCGAGAAGUUCGGAUACAAAAGUGUCGAGGAUUUCAAAAAGAAUGCGCAGAAGAAGUUCUCGCUUCUUGAGACAGGAAUUGCAAAGAAGCCUACCUCCAGGCUCCUUUUGUUGAAUGGUGUCGAUGAUGGCGUCGUCCCAAUCGAAGAUUCCCUUCUCCUGUUCAACUAUGGAAGCCCCAAGGAAGGCCGAUUUGUUGAAAAAUUAGCCCACAUGGGCUACCCAGACACCCUAGCUGUCGCUUAUGAGUGGUUUGAAAAUCUUCUGGCCAAGGACGCGAAGCCAGAUUUGAGAAACUGA